GACAGCCUGCCCGGAAGUGGAGGCGGGGCGCUGUCACUACGUGCCAGUCGCGCGAGGCGUCUGCUGGGUCCGGCGGCGUCAGGGGACCGCGUCUCAGCCGGGCGAUGGCGACGUACACCUGCAUCACCUGCCGGGUGGCGUUCCGCGACGCGGAGCUGCAGCGCGCGCACUACAAGACGGACUGGCACCGCUACAACCUGCGGCGGAAGGUGGCGGCCAUGGCGCCGGUGUCGGCCGAGGGCUUCCAGGAGCGCGUGUGGGCGCAGCGGGCGCAGGCCGAGCAGGAGGGCCGGGCCACGGCCACCUACUGCACCGUGUGCGGCAAGCGCUUCGCGUCGCUCAACGCCUUCGAGAACCACCUGCGCUCGCGGCGCCACCUGGAGCUGGAGAAGAAGGCGGUGCAGGCGGCCAGCCGCCGGGUGCAGAUGCUCAACGCCAAGAACCUGGAGAAGGGGCUGGCCGCCGACGGCCUGGACAAGGACGCGGUGAACGCCGCCAUCCAGCAGGCCAUCAAGGCCCAGCCGUCUCCCAAGAAGGCGCCGGCGGCCGAGCGGGGACCGGGGACCCCCGAUGGCGACGCGGCCGACAAGCCCCCCCGGCUCCAGUGGUUUGAGCAGCAGGCCCGGAAGCUGGCCCGGCUCCAGGACGAGGACGACGACGGGGACGAGGACGAGGACCUGGAUGAUUGGGAAGACGUGGACACUGAUGAAGAGCUGGAAUGCGAGGACACUGAAGGCCUGGAGGAGGUCGAGGAGGAGGGAGAGGCCAGGGCAGGCCCCCCGCCUGGAGCCAUCCCAGUGACGGACUGCUUAUUUUGUUCCCACCAUUCAAGCUCCCUCGUGAAAAAUGUGGCCCAUAUGACUAAAGUCCACAGCUUCUUUAUCCCUGAUAUCGAGUACCUUUCGGACCUCAAGGGACUGAUCCGGUACUUGGGAGAGAAAGUCGGCGUGGGGAAGAUCUGCUUGUGGUGCAAUGAGAAGGGCAAGUCCUUCUACUCCACGGAGGCAGUGCAGGCGCACAUGAACGACAAGAGCCACUGCAAGCUCUUCACAGACGGGGACGCCGCGCUGGAGUUUGCAGACUUCUAUGACUUUAGGAGUAGUUAUCCCGAUCACAAGGAUGAUGAGGACACUGACGAGAAAGAGGAAUUGUCUUCAGAAAAAACCUUGGAAUACGAUGACGAGACCAUGGAACUGAUUCUGCCGUCUGGGGCCAGAGUGGGCCACCGCUCCCUGAUGAGAUACUACAAGCAGCGCUUCGGCCUGUCCCGAGCCGUCACCGUCACCAGGAACCAGAAGGCCGUGGGCCGGGUCCUCCAGCAGUACAGAGCCCUGGGCUGGACGGGCAGCACAGCCGCAGGAGCAGCCCUCGCGCGGGAGCGGGACAUGCAAUACGUCCAGAGGAUGAAGGCCCGGUGGAUGCUGAAGACGGGGAUGCAGAACAAUGCCACCAAGCAGAUGCACUUUCGGGCCCAAGUGCGAUUCUGAGGCUCUGCUUGGGGCUGCCCUCCCCCCAUCCUCCUUGUCCGAGAACCGCUGGGAGCCGGGUUAUAUUGUCGGUCCUUUCUGCUGCUACCUCUCCCUCUACUUCCUGUGCUCUGACUUCAUAAUAAAAAGUCAGAACCAUAUGGACUUCCUCGUGUUGUUCUGGAACAAUAGGGUUUAAAGAUUGUUUCUGGGGCCAGGUGGUGGCACACCUGGCUGAGUACCCACAUUACAGUGCUCAAGAACCCAGGUCCCCGCCUGCAGGAGGAAAGCUUCAUGAGUGGUGAAGCAGUGCUGCAGGUGUCUCUUGUCUCUCCUCUGUCUCCCCUGCCCCUCUCAGUUCUCUGUCUCUAUCCACUAAAUAAAAAUAAAGAUUGUGUUUUUGAAACUUU